AAAUUACGGUCAAAAUUAUUGAUUGUUUUCUUUUCAUUUGUGCUAUCAGUCAUGAGAGUGAGACAAUUUCGAAGCGAUGAUGGCCGGCCCGAAUUAUAGAUUCAAAUCAACGAAUCUCUCUUGUUUCUUCAUCUGAUUUCGGGAUAUUAACCAACUGUUCGUCCAAUUUCUUGUUCACUACACAACUGUUCUAUCUGUUUCAACCGCCAUUUUCACUCUGUUUUUGUAAUGGAAGGUCCAUCGGUUGCCGAUGAUGAUAGAGACAUGGAAGAGCCACUGUUGAGCACCGCCGAUCACAAAGGAGGCUUAAGAACUUUGCCUUUCAUAAUCGCUAAUGGAGCACUUGAGAAGCUCGCGAGUCAGGGUUUAUCGCCGAGUAUGAUACUUUAUUUGACUAUGGUUUAUGGAAUGAAGUCUGCUUAUGCUUCUAAUAUCAUCUUCCUUUGGUCUGCGGCCACGAAUUUUACUCCGAUCAUCUGUGCUUUUCUUGCUGAUUCUUAUUUCGGUCGGUUUCCGAUGAUCGCGGCUGGCUCUAUCUUCAGCUUUUUGGGCAUGUUUGUUUUAUGGCUAACUGCGAUGAUUCCACAAGCAAGGCCUUUCUGUGAUGAAAUUAGUGGCCGUUGUGACGCCCCGUCAAGAGCUCAACUGUCGCUUUUAUAUUCAUCUUAUGCAAUAAUGUCCAUAGGAUCUGGUUGCCUUCAAUCAUCCUACCUUGCCUUUGGUGCAGAUCAGUUGUACAGGACAAGCAAAUCCAACUCAGGCAUUCUAGACAGUUAUUUUAACUUGUGUUAUAUUUCAUCUGCAGUUGGAUCACUUGUAGGAAUGUCAGGCAUGGUGUAUAUUCAAGAUCGUAUGGGUUGGGGGAUGGGAUUUGGAGUUCCUGUUGCACUCAUGUUAUUAUCUAUGAUAACAUUUUUCUCGGCCUCACCCUUAUAUUUGAAGUCGAUGCCAAGUAGAAGUUGGUGUGCUGGGAUUGUGCAAGUUGUUGUUGCCGCUUGUAAGAAGAGGCAUAUGCAAGUACCAUCUGUAGGCAUACCUGAAACAUACCACCACGAAAACGGAUCACCGUGUGCCUUGCCAAGCGACAAGUUAAGGUUUUUUAACAAAGCAUGCAUCAUUAGAAAUUCUGAGGAAGAGCUGACUUCAGAUAGGAGAGCUUCAAAUCCUUGGACCCUAUGCACUGUGGAACAAGUUGAAGAUUUGAAAGCACUGGUCAGGAUAAUACCAUUAUGGUCUACUGGGAUCCUUGUUUCUGCAGCUUUGAGUCAAUCAUUCUAUACUCUCCAGGUUGCAUCCAUGGAUCGACACCUUACUCCGAGUUUUGAAGUUCCCGCAGGCUCAUUUGGUGCAAUGUUAGUAGUUUCUCUAAUAAUAUGGAUUACAUUAUACAAUCGCGUGAUCCUCCCUUUAGCAUCCAAAUGCAGGGGAAAACCAACUCGUCUCAGUGGGAAAACCAGAAUGGGAAUUGGGAUUCUUUUCAGCACCUUAAGUCUGGCAGUAUCUGCAAUCGUUGAGAGUAAUCGCCGUGCCUUAGCCAUAAAGGAAGGGUUCUCCGACGACCCGAAUGCAGUGGUAAACAUGUCUGCAUUUUGGACGCUACCACGCUACAUCUUAUUUGGUAUGGGAGAGGGUUUCAACGCAAUCGGGCAAAUCGAGUUCUUCUACAAUGAGCUUCCAAAAGCCAUGUCCAGUGUAGCAACCUCUCUUUUGGGGCUGAAUAUGUCUGUAGGCAACUUGGCUGCUAGUUUUAUAAUGACUACCGUUGAUAAUUUCAGUAAAGCAGCCGAAGUAAAGAGUUGGGUUUCGAGCAAUAUCAAUAAAGGUCACAGUGAUUAUUAUUAUUGGUUGCUUUUUGGUUUGCUGUUCGCCAACUUUUUGUAUUUUCUUGCCUGUAGUAAGUCUUAUGGUCCUUCCAAGGAAGAAGCAGGAGGUGGAUCUAAUGCUGAAGAUCAUAACAAUACUUUUGUAGUUUAUGAUAAAAGAGGAGAAGCAACGGUGAAGAAGGUUGCGGUGGUCAAUGUCGGUUUUGAGAGAGACACAAAAUCAAUGGAUUGGAUAAAUAUUAAAUACUAGUGGAUUAAUUACUAUUUUGGUUUGAUAAUUGAAGCAAUGAAAUUAUAUGAAUAUUUAUUCUAUGAUUCUUCUAGAAUCAUAUUUCUCAUUAGAUGCUCAUUAUAUGAUAAUAGAUGCUCAUUAGAUGAUCGGGCUUAGCAUCUAUUG